GCAAGUUUGGAGCUUGUGUCUGGUGGUGCUGGAGCCCUCCUGUGGUGGGUGGUGUCCUGGUGGACCAGAGGCCUGGGAGGCUGGUGGCCCAGUGGGCCUACAGGGUGGAGGACUGGUCAGCUGGCAGAACUCCACAGGCACAGCUUGUUAACAUGCUACCAGAUACAUUCACACAUUCAUGCGAAACUAUCAGUGAGGCACAAUGUUCUCAGAAUGAAAAGGAUGGUGACAGUGAAGUUGAGAAGACUGAAGUACAGUAUCCAACUCUUUUCCCACCAGUAGAAGAAUUAAAUAUAGAGAGACCUGAACCAUGUCUAAAGAUAAUAGAACUAGAUGAAACUUAUGAAGAAGAAUUUGAAGAACAAGGAAACAUGGUGCCUUACAAAGUUGAAUUGGCUGAUGCAGAGAGUCAACUAAGUUGGAUAUUUCCUGACUACCAGUGGAAUAGUUUUCCAUAUGAAAAUAGCAUCUAUCAACAUCAUGCUUUCAACACAGGAAAAGUAGAUCUCUUAAAUCUUUGUCUGAGAAACAGCUCUACAUAUUGUAAAGAUAACUUAAAAGUAACUUCAAAUGCAGAUUUUGACAACAAUGUGGAUCCUGAUUCUCACUCUCCUGACACUGAAAAACUAGGGGAAAGUAGUUCUUCUCAACAAAUUAAACAGAAAAGUAUAGAUACAGAAAGUAACCAUAAGUCUGAUGAUUUCUGCAUAUCACUGGAGAGCAAGGAUUCCUUGCCAAGUACAGAUUUCAAUCAACCUUCCAUUGAAGAGAAAUUAUCUCAAGUCAACAAAGAAUCCUUUGAAUUCAGCAAUCUGCAUAAUAGGCCAACCUUUGAAGAUUCUAAAACUACAAAGUCACCACUGUUGUUAGAAGAAAUAGCCCUCAGAAGCAAACCUAUAACUGAACAAUACCAAAGACUUGAGAGAUUCUUUACUUUUGAGAAAAACAAAAGACUUAGCUUGCUUCCCUCUCGAAGCUCGGAAUGCAACCUUUCCUGUACUAAGAUUACACUUAUAGGCCAGAAAUCUCAAAGCCCUUCAACGGCAAAUUUACCACUUUCCAACUCUGUAAAAAAAAGCUCCCGCUGUCUUCUAUACCCUCAACCUCAAUCAAAACGUAAAGCUGCACAGUCGUUAUCUAGAGCUGCUUCUGCAAUUUCCGAAAUUGAAUAUAUUGAUAUGACUGAGCAUAAUGAGCCUUUCUUAGAUAACACUGCUGACCAACACAACUUAGACUCUUUGGAAAAAGAAUUAAAUGUGCUGAAAAAUCUUGUAGAUCCUUCAGAAAAACUUUACAGUCUAACCUGUGAAGAGUUAGUCAGUUUCAACAAUGACUCACUGAAUGUCAGUUAGAUUUUCACGGAUUUCCUUAAUACUGCACAUGUGAGGAGGCACUGCACCCUUGAGGAAUUAAAGUCUUCUGGAAAAGAUACAGAAAUGCAGUCUUUGUUGUCAUUUUCUGAGAGCAGUACUGAUGAGGAGGAAGAUUUUCUUGACAAGCAACAUGUUCUCACACUACCAUGGUCAGAGUGUUUAAUGAUUAUUUGUUCAUUUCUUUUCCAUUUUUGUACCCAGAGUAAACAACUGAAACA